AUGGCCAUGCUCUGUGGUUUGGUUGGGCACCACCAUCGCCAUAGUACACAGGGCCCCCUGACCCGCCAGGAUAGUCUGGUCCGGAGCAGCAGUGGGCUGCAUGUGUUGCUGGAGAUGCUCCCCAUCCUGGCGCAGGUCCUGCAAGGGCACUUGGCCCCGUACUUCAUGGCUCCGCCCGGCAAGCGCAGCCGUCAUCUGCGGCACCCUGAGAUUUGGCGCCUUGAGAAUCUGACAGAGAUACCGUCAACAUUUAUGAGUACCAUAAACGAUUGCAUGAUUGAUAACAAGGUCAUGGUUAUCGUGAAGGGUCUUGAUGAGUGGCCGAAUGAGUUCCAGAGACAGUAUGAGACUAUUGACCUGUAUUGGAUUGUGCGAGAUGGAGGACUGAUGCUUCUUUUGUCUCAGCUCCUGCUCACAAAACCGGCCUUCGAAAACUACAAGAUCCAAGUCUUCUACAUACUUGAAGAGGACACUGAUGCUGCAGAGCUAAAAACUGAUGUAAAAAAGUUCUUGUACGAUCUUAGGAUGCAUGCCGAGGUCAUUGUCGUGACUAUGAAGUCCUGUGAAUCUCAUGUGGAGAGCAGUAGCAGUGGUGCACAACCAGAUGAUUCCCAAGAGGCCUACACAAGUGCACAACAAAGGGUCGAUAAAUUCCUCUUCACAAUGUUUAAGUUGAACUCCACAAUACUAAGGCACUCCAGGAUGGCAGCUAUGCUGCUAGUGAGGCUCCCUCCGCCACCGCUGAAUCAUCCUGCAUACUUCUACAUGGAGUACAUGGAUCUGCUUGUAGAGAACGUCCCACGCAUGUUGACAGUUAGGAGAUAUAGAAGAGAUGUUGUCAGAUUUUUUACUUGA